UUAUUACGAUCGAAAACCGCGACUUAACAAGGCAAUGUGGAAAGGAAAGUAAAAUAUAAAAACGGAAAUAGUAAUUUUUGGAAAUAUGAAAAUUCUUAUUAUUUUAGCCUGCAUAGGCUUUGCGGCCUCAGUGGACCCCUCACCGCGGAGCGUGAACGUGGCCCUAGAAACCUCCUUCCUCUUCGAACCCAAAGACGCCAACGAGAACAUAUCAUUUAUAAAAAACAUAAAAGACUUUUUGGACAAACUGUACAAAAUACUGGCGCCACAGACGAAGUACCAGAAAAAGUUCCGUUCAGAAACCGACGUUGUCGAGCAAAAACCGGAAAGAAAAUGGGGCUUUUUCGAUUGGAUAAAAAGUGCUGGUGAGCAGUUUUUAAAUAUGACCGCUCCUAAAAUUGAGGCGGCUGCUUCCGUUGUUCAGACUGAAGUGUCUAAGGUGGCCGAACAGGGGGUUAAUGCUAUUAAAGACGUCAUGCCUGAAAUGCCUGAAAUGCCUAGUUUCCAUGAUGUUAUGCCCGAUAUGCCUUCGUUCAAAGCUAACGAUCACGGGGAAUCUAAGGUUUUUAAACCCAGUGGAGACAACAUUAAAGAAAGCAUAAAAAAUAUGCUACAAGAUGACAAUGAGGCUCUCAAUGAAGUAGCUAAAAAAAUGAAUCAAUAUUACACGGAAGAAGAAGUGAAAAAACUACACAAACUUUUGCGAAAAUUCACAAAAUAUUUGGACGCUGACGUUGACACGUCCAAAGUUAUCAAAGAGAUAUUCCAAGUAGUAUUUUUGGAUAAAUACAAAAGUCUUAAUGAUACUGCUAAAGCUAAUUUGGUCAAAGACUUUGAAUUCUUGUGCGAUUAUAUGAAAGCGAGUAAGAAUACUCAGUUAAAAGCGCAGACUAAGAAACAGCCGUCAACUCCAUCAAAUCAUUUAGUUUUACCGGAAGUCCAAUUAUUAUUUGGUGAAAUAUUAAAUCCGAGUAAAAAUCCACAACCGCUUACUGGUGAAAAUAAAGAUUUAAGACGAACCGAUAAGAAAAAACAUAAAAAGGAUGAAAAGAAAAAAGGUCCUACCCAAUCUCAAAUUGUCGUUGACAAUCUAGAACUUAUUGUGAAAUCUCUUAAACCACAACCUUAA